CAGCACGAUCCUCAGUUCGUCACGGGGUCGCGAGGGGUACGCAUUGCCUUCGUCGAUUGGCCGUACCCACGCUCGUUCGUGAUAACGCGCGAAAACCGUACAAGCACGUUUAUUCGUUUACAGUCUUAUAAAACGUAAUUUCGGGAAUCGUGAAUCGUUCGCAGCUUUUUAUCAGUGAUUUCUGUGCGGUGUCAUGUCGCGAAGUUAUACGUUACGCGCGUGAUACUUUAUAUCUUUGCAACAUAACGAAGAAGACAGUGCUCGAAAGAACGAGGAAGGGGAAAUCAACAAUACUACGCAUUCUGCGACGCAAAAACGCGAGGAACACCGGUUACUUUUGCUGUCACCAAACGUGACGAGGCAGAAAUGGCACGGGCGGAGUCACGGUGAGGAAAGGGCGAGGGUGAAGCCCUCGCGCGAAACGGGAGCUAUGGUGAAAAGCUUCGGUUUCUUCUUCGCCGGGAGGGCGAUACCUGCCGUCCACCUUAUGCUUUUUCUCGUUCUGGCCGACAGCACGGUGGCCGUAGACCUUUCCCAAUGCAUCGCGCCGCUCGGCAUGGAAUCGGGCGCGAUCCCGGACGCGGAUAUCACGGCAAGCUCCACGUUCGACACGGGAAACGUUGGCCCCCACCUGGCACGAUUAAAAGCGGAGAACCUCGGUGGCGCUUGGUGUCCCAAGAAUCAGAUCACCCAAGAAGCCCGGGAAUGGUUGGAGAUCGACCUUCAUACGGUUCACUUGAUCACGGCUACCGCCACGCAAGGUCGGUUCGGGAACGGUCUCGGUGUCGAGUAUGCAGAGGCGUAUCUCCUCGAGUACUGGCGACCGCGUCUGGGCAAGUGGGUCCGAUACAGAGAUAUCAAAGGGAAAGAGGUAAUACAGGGUAACACGAACACGUAUUUGGAGUCGAAGCACGAGCUGGAGCCGCCUCUGUGGGCGAGCAAGAUCCGUUUUCUGCCCUACAGCCAUCACACGCGGACGGUUUGCAUGCGGGUCGAGCUCUACGGAUGUUACUGGAGCGAUGGCGUGGUAUCUUAUUCGAUGCCCCAAGGCGAUAAGAGGGGCAACGAGUGGGAAUUCUUCGACGCCACGUACGACGGACAUUGGGACGGGGAGCUGCAGCGUGGUCUGGGCCAGCUGACGGACGGCAGGACGGGCCCUGAUAACUUCAAACUUGCGUACUACGAUAAGGAUCGAACGCAGGGGUGGGUCGGUUGGAGGAACGACACGCGCGGCCAACCGGUCGAGAUCAAGUUCGAGUUCGACAAGGUCAGAGAGUUCUCGGCCAUCCACAUCUACUGCAACAAUCAGUUCACCAAGGAUGUCCAGAUAUUUUCCCAAAUCGACAUAUUGUUCAGCAUUGGAGGCAAGUAUUACACAGGGGAACCGAUCACCUACACCUACAUGGAGGACAAGAUCUUCGAAUCGUCGCGAAACAUCACCAUCAAGCUCCACCACCGUGUCGGUAAAUACGUGAAACUGAGGCUUCAUUUCUCGGACAGAUGGAUCAUGAUCAGCGAGGUGACCUUCGACUCUGAUAUCGCUCACGGUAAUUUCACGCCGGAGGAAGCACCGACGACCGAGUCCCCGAUCCAGAGCGACGUUUUCGUGGAGAAGAACGGUGCCGCGGAGGGCGAGCUUCCGGUCUCGACCGCGAAACACGACGAUCCUACUUACAUGGCGGUGGUGAUCGGCGUGUUAACGGCCGUGAUCCUGCUUCUCGCCGUGGCGAUAUUUCUGAUCGUCUCGAGGCAUAGGCAACGAAAGUGUUUCGCCAGCCCUAUGACGGGCAAGGCGCCGUCCCAUCUCGGAUCCACCUGCGCCACCGUCGAGAAAGGGGCAGCCCUGAUGGCCUACACCUUGGAGGACGACGAAAGAUACGCCGGUGGUUCGUUGCCGACGCUACCUCGGGACCUGGGGAAUCGUUUUCUGGACAUCGUGAAACUCGACGACUAUCAAGAACCGUACCAGGCCCUCAAGUACGCGCCGUACUACAGCUACAGCACGGUCGUUAUGGAGAUGAAAGACAUGAUGCUGAACAACAAGGGCAGCAACAUCAAUCACUCAGCGGUGUACGCGAAUGNACCCGCCUCCACCGCCACCAGCGACCAGGACACCAUCUUCUCCAAGACCUCGUCGCGCGGAAAUAAGACGGAGAACAAGAAGUCGCCGACUCAACAGGAGGUGCUCUCGGCCCUGAAGAGACGUCUGGAGCAGACGAGCGUCCCGCUCUUCCCACGGCAUCGCCUCCGCAUGCUCUCGAAACUCGCCGAAGGGGCGUUCGGAACGGUGUACGUGGCGGAAGCAGAAGGGAUCCCGGAGUACGGAACGACGACCACCCUGGGCAAGCGUCUCGUCGCCGUCAAAUUUUUACUGCCGGAAGCCAGCGAGAAAGAAAAGUUGGAUUUCCAACGAGACGUCAGGAUCCUGGCCGCCCUCGAGGAUCGUAAUAUAGCCAGAGUCCUGGGAGCUUGCUACCGCGAGGAGCCAUACUGCGUGGUGAUGGAGUACCUGGAGCACGGCGACCUCUGUCAAUUCCUCAAGACGCAUAUCACCGCCGAGGACGCCCAUUCCAUGCCGAUCGGUGUCAAAACGCUUAGUUUCAACUGUCUCAUCUACAUGGCGGCCCAAAUCGCGUCGGGCAUGCGGUACCUGGAGAAUUUGAACUUCGUGCACAGGGAUCUGGCUACUAGGAAUUGCUUGGUGGGCAAAGCUUAUCACAUUAAAAUCUCGGAUUUCGGUACGGACAACGAAUUGUACGCGAGCGAUUAUUACAAAGUCGAUGGCACGGUGCCACUGCCGAUACGCUGGAUGGCCUGGGAAUCCAUAUUCCUGGGCAAGUACACGACGAAGAGCGACGUGUGGGCGUUCGCCGUGACCCUGUGGGAGAUCCUGAACCUUGGCAGACGGAUCCCUUACGAGCACUUGUCGAACGAGGAAGUGGUGCAGAGCCUGCGACGAUUGCAUCGGGCCGAUUGCGCCACCGACACCGAUGCGGAGAGCAGCGGAUGCAAGGAGAAUACCGAUAACCUUUUCACCUAUUUACCGCAGCCGACCGCGUGCUCCAAGGAUAUUUACGAUUUGAUGCUCGACUGUUGGCGGCGGGAGGAGAGCGAGAGGCCAACCUUCCGGGAGAUCUCGAUGUUCCUGCAGCGGAAGAACCUCGGCUACGCGCCCACAUCCUGAUAUUGAACGUUUGGCAAGGUCGAGGAGCACACGGUUUGUGGCGGUUGCCACGUGUGCCCGGCUAAACGUCGUUCAUAUUUCGACCACGAGAUGGCCGAGGAUGCCGUUUACCCGCAUUGGAUAACCGUGAGAACCAAGUUCUGAAUUCUUCGACAGCCAUUUCCCUCGAAACCUCGGAAUGAUUUCGAGCGAUCGAAAAAGGUGUAAACACAUUCGAAGAAGAAGGGAAUACAACGAUACGGUCCAAUAUUG